AUGUGGACUAACGGCUCCUCCUCUGAGCUCCAGCCCAGGAUUGAGGCUCCUCUCCUGGGCACUAACUCGUCCUCAGACCCCCCUCUGGACCCCCCUCUGGUUCUGGUGCGGGCGGUUCUGGUGGGUCUGGUUCUGGGCUCCUUCAUCCUGUUUGCCAUCGUGGGGAACAUCCUGGUGAUCCUGGCGGUGGUUUGUAACAGAAACCUCCGGACGCCGACCAACUACUUCAUCAUCAACCUGGCCCUCGCUGACCUGCUGCUGGGGAGCACCGUGCUGCCGGUGUCCGCCUCUCUGGAGAUCCUGGACCACUGGGUGUUUGGUCGUGUGUUCUGCGAUGUUUGGGCAGCUCUGGACGUUCUCUGCUGCUCGGCCUCCAUCUUGUCUCUGUGCCUGAUCUCCAUCGACCGCUUCGUGGGCGUCUCUCGCCCGCUGCAGUACCGCUGCAUCGUCACGGAGACCAGGGCGCUGCUCGGCAUGCUGGGAGUCUGGAUCCUCGCCGCUGUCAUCUCCGUGGGACCGCUGUUCGGCUGGAAGCAGCCGCCCGCACAGGACUCCUCGGUGUGUCUCAUCACGGAGGAACCGUUCUACGCUCUGUUCUCCUCACUCGGGUCCUUCUACUUCCCGCUCUUCAUCAUCCUCUUCAUGUACUUCCGGGUCUAUGUGGUGGCCAAGCGCACCACCAGGAACCUGGAGGCCGGCGUGAUGCAGGAGCGCCAGGCGGGGUCUCAGGAACUCACGCUGAGGAUCCACUGCAGGAACCAGAACCAGAGCCACAACCAGAGCCAGAACCAGGAUCCAGGUCGCAGCGCUCUGAGCCUCAAACUGAUGAAGUUCUCCAGAGAGAAGAAGGCGGCGAAGACUCUGGGCGUGGUGGUGGGGAUGUUCGUCCUCUGCUGGCUGCCCUUCUUCCUCGCCCUGCCCCUCGGCUCCUUCAUCAGCAGUCUUCGUCCUCCUGAGACGUUUUUCAAAGUGAUCUUCUGGUUGGGAUAUUUCAACAGCUGCCUGAACCCCAUCAUCUACCCCUGUUACAGCAGGGAGUUCAAACAGGCUUUUAUCCGGAUCCUGCGCUGCCGCUGGCGUCGGAGGCGUCCAAGCUUCAAAGGUUCUGCCGGUUCUUCGUGUCGGCAGAACUCCGGCAGCUCGUCCUUCCUGAGCGGGAGCCGGCAGCCGCUGUCCAGAAGCCCCGUCCCCAGGCCCCGCCCCACGUGAAGCCCCG